AUGGUUGUAGAGAACUUUACAACUGUAAACCGUCGUAUUGAGGAGGAACGACGAGCCAAGUACUGUGGAACCGCAAGCAUAAGCAUAGCAUCUUUGCAGUAUCGAGACCCAGCGGACGAUGGGGCUACAGGCUCUAAAAACAACCAUGUCGACGCUAUUAAAAGAAUGUUUCGCCAAGAACGUGGCUGUCGUAAAGAAGACAGCCGCCAUCAUGUCAAGGCUCUUAUCCCCCAGCAGGUCCUAGAGGCGGCAGUAGCUCGUGCCUCAAUUCCAAGCUCCAGCCUCAUGAGGGAUGCUCUACCGUACCCGGAACUGGAAUUCCCUACUGGCGUCAAGAUAGAGUGCCUCGAGGGCCAUGACAGACUUGCGGCGGCCGACAAGGUGCUGCAAGGCUCUAAGAAGAGAUGGACCGUUGAUCUAUAUCUCGAUGAUCUUAGUGAUGACCUGCGACUUCUACUCACGGAUGGCUACGAUUAUCAGAAGGCGCCGGAUGACGGAGAAUAUUACGUUACCAUCAGGCAGUUUCAAGGACACGGUGGCGAGAAAAACCCCUUCUUCGAAAACCUAUGGUUGGGCAGGCUUGCAACAAACGCGAACAAAAAAAGACUCUUCAACCAACUUUCGAAGCACAAGGAGUACGGACCCGCCUUUGACACUCUCCUAGCAAUUCCAGGACUGUUUGGCAGUUUCCGACUGGGCACCAUACACCAACUAAUAGGCAUGAAGUGUGAUGAGCCGAACCUUGCAUACUUGAACCAUAUCUACAGAUGGUGGCGUGACGUCUGCGAUGGCGAUCAGGAGGCCAUGAAACAGAUUACGCGAGGCACCAUCACGGCCCUAGAGGGGAAGGCGCCAGGGGCCUGUUCCGCUGACCACCGGAUCCUUUCACCACAGGUACGGAGUGGCGAAAUUUUCGAGAACUUCUCUCCCCCACAGCGUGAAGCAAUCUGGUCUCGAGUCUGCAGCUCUUCCAGACAAUGUCUCAUCCCGUCCCUGUUCACCUUUUUCGAGGACCGAAAACUUCUGAAUGAUGCUGCCGGCUGCAUCAAGAAGAUACUGCACGUGGGGCCCGACGACACCGUAACUGGUGUGCUCAACCAACGUUUCACCAAUGCGAACCAAAGGGAGGACCAAUGCAUCAUUCAGUUGUCAGAGACAACCUUCACUAGCGUGGCAGGAGACAUCAACACUCGGCUGGACCUUGGGAUACGCCAGCUAUGGCUGGCGGCUUUUCGCAACUACAAAGAGCUGCCAGCCGACACGCAAAAGAAGGACCUUCUGGCGGUAUCGCGAACCAAGGCAAACGAAACAGUUCUACACGAGCUUGCGUCUCUCGCUGCGCGACUUGGAUUUGUAUCAGACCAGCUCGAAGAGAUCUUGGAGACAUCUUCCGACCGAAAGGUAGCUGAACAGGCGCUUUUCGCAGCCCGCCAGCCUGGGCGAUACAUGUUUCGAGAUCCAGAGGCAUGCAUACAACAAAUAGUAGAUGCUUUUGCGGCUGCUGUGCCAGCUUCUGAAAGCAAAGCACUACUUGAGACAGAAGACGAAGUAAGAGAGCACGAGCGGCCACCGCAACGAUGCGGGCGACCGAACGACACCGAUUACCGAUACGAUAAAACCCGCCUCUUUUUGCCGCAGAUGCAUGCCGACGUCUAUAGCGAGAUGAGGGAGAUGACGUCGACGUUCGUUCGACGGUCUGUUUACUGCGCGUACUUUGGAGCGCCACCGCCUCUAGGAAGCCCUGUUACUAGCGACGAUGCUAGCAGGAACGACGACGUAGCGAUGAUCCCCUGUAUGCCUAUCAGUGAGCAACCUGAACUUCUUGGAAACAGCAGUAGGCCGACGACGGUAACCGAAGAGGACGUAAUUUUGGCCAUAACAAGACAUGAGCUUCAUUUGGAGCAAGCGAGGCAUAGUGACAUAUCUCGUCGAGUGAGGGACAAGGAAUCGAAACUCGAGGAGUUGACACAAGACGAAGCGUCGCUUCAGGAACGGCUAGACGAAAUCAAUCGACAGAUUCUAGACCGGAACGUGCAGCUUGAUGGAUUACGACAAGAUGUAAUCUUGGAGGAGAAAAAGUUGACUCGGCUAAAGACAAUGGUACACUUGGAGCAGAGUAAAUUAGAUCAUGGACAAAGGGAGGUUGCUGAAGUCAUCUCAGAAGAGCAUGGAGAGCCAGCACCCGAGUCGCCCGCUGGGGCAGCCGACGGUUCGAGGCAGGUCUUAUCGGCGGGCUUGGGACAAGGAGCAGAGACUCAAAUUGUGCUGCGACGAACAGAUCGAAACACACGAUUCAACUUCCAAGAGCUUGUGGCACAUGACCCCAACAAGGAACACCAGGAGGCAUUGGCGAUUGUUGCAGAAGAAGCUGGAGCGGAUGGGGCCGAGCGAAAACGGACGAUUCGUAUUGACUUUGUGGAUGUAGAAUCUGGUGAUAGCUUUGUGAUCUCUGAUCCAUUGAUAGUGGAUCCAGCAAACCCGGACGACCUGGAGCGCAUCGGAGACAAGCGUGAUCUCAAAAGCUUGUGUGAGGCCUCGAAGGCUCUUUAUGUUCUAGCAGCGGCGCAUCUUUAUGGUACACAUGAAGUCCUCCUGCGAGCUCCCGACGAGCAUUAUUUGGAUGAGGUGGAGGUGGAAGGGUUACUUCGAGCUGCCGAACGAUCGAGCGACCUCCUGGCACGUGUAACCAACCUACGGAUAUCAGCCCCGUUUUCUGAAAGAUUAAGGCUCCGCUGCGUGCACGAUGACGUUGACGAUGAGGAGGUGCAUAUGACAAUGGACCACGAUGAUAACGGACAAGAUCGCUCUUCGCUGCAGCUGCUUGGCAGUCGCAUUUUGCCCAUUUUGCAGAAGCUCCAAGAUGGAAGACUUCAGAAAUCCAGCUGGGACAUGGGCGUAUGUGUCCCUCAACAGCUUCUCGGACAAGGUGGCUAUGUCCUAACCCAUCAGAAUCGCAUUCAGCAUCUCCGCCUCGUGACAGAUGCCAACUGUGCGCUCAAUUCCCAGAGCCCGGCGCUCGCCCUCCAGGGGCUGAAAUCCUUAAAAUAUAUUUCUUGGACAGGACUACGGACAUAUUCUGACUUCAUCGCACUUGGCCUAGCACUGCGGCAGAAUGCCCACCAUUUGGAAGCCCUACAGCUCGAUUUCAUCGACUGGGAGUUAGUCAAGGAACACUGGGAUGAAAUGGAUGAUGAUAUUGCAGACUUUUUCAGGUUCAUAUUGAGAGUACGCCCUCAGUCAACUAAACUCCGAUUUCCUGCCAUGGAAAACCUGUCACUGUCUGGCCUUGAUCUAACAUCACACUCUUGUGGAGUUGCUUAUGCUGUGAAUACUGCAUCUCUGCGGUCAAUUACUAUUCGCCGAUGCCCUGGCUGGGAGCUGUUUCUGCAACGGUUGAUAGAACCAAACUAUGCUCUUAAUAUAACGUCACUGGAGAUAUAUCAGCCAGUCGGGUUGAUGGCUGUAGCCGAGAAUGAGGAAGAGGUUUUGCGAAACUUUUUGGAGAGCAUUAGCGGGUUAGAGAGCCUUUAUCUCUCCCUGCCCAGCCCGACAGAUACAAAGGCCUUGUGGAGAACGGCGGUGCGACACAAGGCAACUCUCCGGCGGUUCAUUUACCACGCCAGAAGCGUGAACCUUGACGAUGAGUCCGAGCUAUUUGAAGAGGAAAUGGACCUGAAUGAUAUGGCGCUGUUGAGUGACUCGUUUCUGGCUCACUUGAGAAGUCAGUCCCCAAACCCACUGGGUGAGCUGUAUCUCGAAUGUAUCGGGCUGGCGUGUGAUCCUCGCCGAUUGAAAGAGGUUAUAGAGCCCUUGUCUCACAAGGGCAGUUUACAGGUCCUGCAUAUCAGGCAGUCAGGGCCAGACAUUAGGAAAUAUGGAUCUUUGGUCUUCAGCCAGAUCUAA